AUGGGUUUCACCGACUUUGUCUCUGAUGCCGGCCUGACUCUGGCCAACCACUUCCUGUCGACUCGGUCCUACGUUGUUGGCAACUCCCCCAGCCAGGCCGAUGUCGUGACCUUCAAGGCCGUCAGCGCCGCCCCUGACGCCGCCAAGUACCCCCACGUUGCCCGCUGGUACAAGCACAUCGCCUCUUACGAGAGCGAAUUCUCCACCCUCCCCGGUGACUCCUCCGCAGCUUUCACUGCCUACGGUCCUGAGACCACCGAGCUUGCCUCCAACCCCAAGGACAAGCCCGAGGAGGAUGAGGAGGAUGACCUCUUCGGCUCCGACUCUGAGGAGGAGGACCCCGAGGUUGUCGCUGAGCGCAACAAGCGUCUCGAAGAAUACAAGGCCAAGAAGGCCGGCAAGGUCAAGCCCGCUGCCAAGUCCCUCGUCACAAUGGAGGUCAAGCCUUGGGAUGAUGAGACCAACCUUGAGGAGAUGGAGGCCAACGUCCGCGCCAUUGAGUGGGACGGUCUCGUCUGGGGUGCCUCCAAGUGGGUCCCCGUCGGUUUCGGUAUCAAGAAGCUCCAGAUCAACCUUGUCGUUGAGGACGAGAAGGUCUCCACCGAUGAGCUCCAGGGCAAGAUCGAGGAGGAUGAGGACCACGUCCAGUCCACUGAUAUCGCUGCCAUGCAGAAGCUGUAA